GCAGCCUCUGGGGAGUUAGGGUCCGGAGAGACCCACGCGUCGCCCCCCGCCCGCCCGGGGCCGGGAGAUCCUCGGGAGCCGCCUCCGCGUGUCCAGAGAGUGUCGGGGCGGCCGCCACUUCCCCUCGCCCUUCGCCGGAGGAAUCUUCCGAUAAUUCUGCCGCCGCGACUUUAACCGUGCGCAAGGCGAGAGCUCGAAACAAACAUCACAUCUAAAUUAAAAAAAAAAAAAAAAAAAAAAAAAAAAGCGGAAGAAGCGGCCGAGGCGGCGGCGGCGGCGGGAGGAGAGGAGGAGGGGCCGCGCGCGGCGGCCCGAGGCGGCGGCGGGGACGCGGGGACGCGAGGACGCGGCUUUGUGCAGGCGGGUCGCGGGGCGCCCAUGGCGGAGUGCGGCCGGGGGGGCGCCGCCGGCGGGGCCCUGCCCACCUCCCCGGGCCCGGCCCUCGGCGCCAAGGGCGCCCUGAAAGCCGGAGUGGGGGAAGGCGGUGGCGGGGGAGGUCGCCUCGGCCACGGGCGGGCGCGCUAUGACAGCGGCGGGGUUUCCAACGGAGACUGCAGCCUCGGCGUGUCCGGGGACGAAGCCCGGGCUAGCCCUACCAGGGGACCCCGCGGCGUUGCGCUCGCCCCGACCCCCAGCGCGGUCGUCUGUACCCUCCCCCGGGAGAGCAAGCCGGGCGGCCUGCCCCGCCGGAGCAGCAUCAUCAAGGAUGGUACAAAACAGAAGAGGGAACGGAAAAAGACAGUCUCAUUCAGCAGCAUGCCAACAGAGAAGAAGAUCAGCAGUGCAAGUGAUUGUAUUAAUUCAAUGGUUGAGGGUUCAGAACUCAAAAAGGUUCGCUCCAACUCUAGAAUUUAUCAUAGGUACUUUUUACUGGAUGCUGACAUGCAGAGCCUAAGGUGGGAGCCAUCUAAGAAGGAUUCUGAGAAAGCCAAGAUUGACAUUAAAUCCAUCAAGGAAGUGAGAACAGGAAAAAACACAGACAUAUUCCGCAGCAAUGGCAUUUCUGACCAGAUAUCUGAAGAUUGUGCGUUUUCCGUCAUAUAUGGAGAGAAUUAUGAGUCACUGGAUUUGGUUGCCAACUCCGCAGAUGUUGCAAACAUCUGGGUUACGGGACUGCGGUACCUAAUUUCUUAUGGAAAACAUACGCUUGAUAUGUUAGAAAGUAGCCAAGAUAACAUGAGGACUUCUUGGGUUUCACAAAUGUUUAGUGAAAUCGAUGUAGAUAACCUUGGACAUAUAACUCUGUGUAAUGCUGUGCAAUGUAUCAGAAACCUCAAUCCUGGUUUAAAAACGAGCAAAAUUGAGCUUAAGUUCAAAGAAUUGCAUAAAUCAAAGGACAAAGCUGGUACCGAGGUCACAAAGGAAGAAUUUAUUGAGGUUUUUCAUGAGCUUUGUACUAGACCUGAAAUUUAUUUCCUUUUAGUUCAGUUUUCAAGCAAUAAAGAAUUCCUUGAUACCAAGGACCUUAUGAUGUUUCUUGAGGCAGAACAGGGUGUGGCACAUAUAAAUGAGGAAAUAAGCCUUGAAAUUAUUCACAAAUAUGAACCAUCCAAAGAGGGUCAGGAAAAGGGCUGGCUCUCCAUAGACGGGUUCACUAAUUACCUUAUGUCACCUGACUGUUAUAUAUUUGAUCCAGAACAUAAGAAGGUCUGUCAGGAUAUGAAGCAACCUCUGUCUCAUUACUUUAUAAACUCAUCCCAUAAUACAUACUUAAUAGAGGAUCAGUUCCGAGGUCCCUCCGACAUCACAGGAUAUAUUCGAGCUCUUAAAAUGGGUUGCCGGAGUGUUGAAUUAGAUGUAUGGGAUGGGCCGGACAAUGAACCUGUAAUUUACACAGGCCACACCAUGACCUCUCAGAUAGUUUUCCGCAGUGUCAUUGAUAUUAUUAACAAGUAUGCAUUCUUUGCUUCAGAGUAUCCUCUUAUCUUGUGUUUAGAAAACCACUGUUCCAUUAAACAACAGAAGGUAAUGGUUCAGCACAUGAAGAAACUUUUAGGAGACAAGCUCUAUACAACAUCACCCAAUGUUGAGGAAUCUUAUCUACCAUCCCCAGAUGUCCUGAAAGGGAAAAUACUAAUUAAAGCAAAGAAGCUGUCCUCAAAUUGCUCUGGGGUAGAAGGAGAUGUUACUGAUGAAGAUGAAGGAGCAGAAAUGUCUCAGAGGAUGGGAAAAGAGAACAUGGAGCAACCCAAUAAUGUGCCUGUGAAGCGAUUUCAGCUUUGUAAAGAACUGUCUGAACUGGUCAGCAUCUGCAAAUCAGUUCAGUUCAAAGAAUUUCAGGUGUCAUUUCAGGUUCAGAAGUACUGGGAAGUCUGUUCCUUUAAUGAAGUGCUUGCCAGCAAGUACGCCAAUGAAAAUCCAGGGGACUUUGUAAAUUACAACAAACGUUUUCUUGCUAGGGUUUUUCCCAGUCCAAUGAGAAUUGAUUCCAGUAACAUGAAUCCUCAAGAUUUUUGGAAAUGUGGUUGCCAAAUUGUAGCCAUGAACUUUCAGACACCAGGACUGAUGAUGGACCUGAAUAUUGGCUGGUUUAGGCAGAACGGAAACUGUGGCUAUGUCCUCCGGCCAGCCAUCAUGAGGGAGGAGGUCUCCUUCUUCAGCGCCAAUACAAAAGACUCUGUCCCAGGGGUCUCACCUCAACUUCUUCACAUUAAAAUCAUCAGUGGGCAGAACUUUCCCAAGCCCAAAGGAUCAGGUGCCAAAGGUGACGUGGUAGAUCCUUAUGUCUAUGUUGAAAUCCAUGGAAUCCCUGCUGAUUGUGCAGAACAAAGGACAAAAACAGUGCACCAGAAUGGAGACGCUCCCAUUUUUGAUGAAAGCUUUGAAUUUCAAAUCAACCUGCCUGAACUGGCCAUGGUGCGCUUUGUAGUGCUGGAUGAUGACUACAUUGGGGAUGAAUUCAUCGGCCAGUACACAAUUCCCUUUGAAUGUUUACAGACGGGCUACCGCCAUGUCCCCCUGCAGUCCUUAACUGGAGAGGUCCUUGCACAUGCUUCUUUAUUUGUCCACGUGGCUAUUACUAACCGAAGAGGAGGAGGGAAGCCUCAUAAAAGGGGCCUUUCUGUGAGAAAAGGGAAGAAAUCCAGGGAAUAUGCAUCUUUGAGAACACUGUGGAUUAAAACUGUGGAUGAGGUAUUCAAGAAUGCGCAGCCCCCUAUACGGGAUGCCACAGAUCUGAGAGAAAACAUGCAGAAUGCGGUGGUGUCAUUCAAGGAACUGUGUGGCCUCUCCUCUGUGGCCAAUCUCAUGCAGUGCAUGUUGGCGGUGUCUCCCCGCUUUCUGGGGCCCGAUAACACACCCCUAGUGGUCCUAAAUCUCAGCGAGCAGUACCCCACAAUGGAGCUGCAGGGAAUUGUGCCGGAGGUUCUGAAGAAGAUCGUAACAACUUAUGACAUGAUGAUUCAGUCCCUCAAGGCGUUGAUUGAAAAUGCAGAUGCUGUAUAUGAAAAGAUCGUACAUUGUCAGAAGGCAGCCAUGGAAUUCCAUGAACACUUGCACAGCAUAGGCACCAAGGAAGGUUUGAAGGAAAGAAAACUACAAAAAGCAGUGGAGAGCUUUACCUGGAAUAUUACCAUCUUAAAGAUAAGAAAGACAGGAAGGAGGAGUAUUUUUGUGCCUCAGACUCCCAUAAUGGUAUGAGUACCCUCCUCCUUCUCCUCCCUCACACUGCAUGUGAUUUGGAAGAAAAGUGUCUGCUGGCCCCCAGGGAAUGGAAGGUGCUAAUCUUUGCUGUCUUCAACAUCCAAGCAUGUGGCCAUUACACAGGUGGCAGAGGGCAGGGGAAGUCUUAGCUGCCGCACUGGAUCCCUCACCUCAGAAGUAAGACAACUGUUUUUCUCUAAUAGAUAGUUGGACAAAAGGACUUUGAAAAAAUUAGCCAGAUGUAGAAUCCCUGUUGUUUUGCCCCUACGUCUGAAUAAAAGCAAUGACUUGUGAUUGUUAAAUGGCUCCUAAAAUGUAGCUCUAACAGAUGUGUCUUGAAAUAUUUUUAAUAUAUUAAAAACUAGAACAUCUUUUGUGGUCAUACAGAAAGUAUGGUGAUUAGCCGAGGGUUGAGCACAGCUGGGGUGCGGUUCUGGCAUUUGGAGCUGCCAUCAUUCUUUUCCUGGCUGCUCUGGCCUCUGAUCCAAUCCCAGGUAAGCCACAGGCUCAGCCAGAAAAAGCACAGUCACGCCAGACUCGCAGCAAGAGCUGCUGGGAUCCAGCCACUGCCCUUAGUUACAUCUUUUAAAGAUUACUUUCUGGGCCUAAGUAAGAACCUUAAAUAUUUUGACCUAAGGUUGUUAUAACUCUUUCAAGAUGAAAACAAAAUAGAAUAAGUUAAAAAAAUUCAAACCAGAAUGUGUGAAAUCAAAUGACAUUUGAGUUGUUCAACUGAAAACAUUGCAAAGCCAGCUUUGUGGAAGGAGUCUUCAAAACCAGACACCCUGUGUCAGUGGGUGGCAGUGUUUUAAGUAACCUUUGCUCUUUUCAAGUCUUUUGAAGCAAUGAAAUAUGAACACUGCUACAACAAACACCCCCACCUCUUUCAGAAUUUUUUUUUUUUUUUUUUGAGACAGAGUUUUGUUCUUGUUGCCCAGGCUGGAGUGCAAUGGUGUGGUCUCAGCUCACUGCAACCUCUGCCUCCUGGGUUCAAGCAAUUCUUGUGCUUCAGCCUCCCAAGUAGCUGGGUUUACAGGCGCCCGCCACCAUGCCAGCUAAUUUUUUUUUUUUGUAUUUUUAGUAGAGACGAGGUUUCACCGUGUACUCCUGACCUGAGGUGAUCCGCCCGCCUCGGCCUCCCAAAGUGCUGGGAUUACAGGCAUGAGCCACCGCGCCUGGCCAGAAUUGUUCUUCACUCACACUACAUGCCUUACCUCCAAGACAUCUUAAACAUGUAGUUUUAGACACAUAGAACAAAAUGAAAGUGAUGUGGACAAAGUUCAGCAGCUCCUCAAGCCCAGAUUUAUUGCCUUUAGGAGUCCUUUGUGUCUCGCCUUGGUAAUGUCCAAAGGCCUAUUCUGUUUAAGAUACCAUGAUUACUUCUCUGAAGUUGAGAAACAUAAGAUUCAACCAGAUGAAGAAUUCUAUUACCACAUUAAUUAUCGUAUGCCAUCUGGGGAUUUUUGUUUUUAAAUACCCUGUCAUCAUGUGGUAGAUCUAUAUAUGCUGACACGGAAAGAUCACUAAGACAUAACUUUUCGUGAAGAAAAAAGGAAACCAAAGAACAAUAUAGAUUGCUUGAUUGUAUUUACAUUAAAAGUAAAAUAAAAUACCUAUUUGUAAUAUAUAUAUAAUGCCAAGAAAAAGACAAAACUCAUUGUUUAGGGGGCAGCUGUGAGAUUAAAGGGGAGACUUUCACAUUUUACUUUAAUUACAUUACUUUAAUUGCAUUCAACAGAUGGUUAUGGAGCCCUUACUCUGUACCUGGCACUGUUCUAGGCUCUGAGGAUACAGCAGUGAUCAGAAGACAAAAAUUCCUGCCCUCGUGAAGUUUACAUUUAGUGGAAGAGACAGACAAUAAACCAAGCAGUAGAGUAUGGCAAUAGGUGUUAUGGAAAAAGCAAGGCAGGGAAGCGGUAAGGAGAAUUAUGGACAGGAAGUGGGAGUUCUAAUUAGACAAGAUGGGGCUGUCAGGGAGGGCGCUGCUGUGAAGAGGGCAUCAGAGUCAAGAUGGCAUCAAGGGGAGGGGAAGGAGCUAGCUACGUGCAUUUCUGGGGCAAGGGCAUUCCCUGCAGAGGGAACAAUGAGUGCAUAGACAUUGAGGUUGGACUAGAGAGGACCUGAUGGGUUUGAGGAACAUUUAGGAGCGUAGCAUAUCAGAGGCUGAGUGAACAAUACAGGGUGGGUAGGUGGGUGAAGGAAGUCAGAUGAGGCUGUGGGCAAGGACUUUGACUCUCACUCUAUUUGGGGAGCUGCUGAAGGGUUUUGAACAGAGGGAAAGGGAUGUCCUGUGUUUUAAUUUGAGCUCUCUGGCUGUCACGUUGAACAUGGAGAAAGAAGACCAGUCAGAAUAAACUCCAAGAAAGAUUAUGGUGGCUUAAACCACAAUGUUGGCAGUGAAGAUGGUAAAAAGUGGUGAGAAACUUUAUAUAUAUGUUUUGAAGAUUGUGACACUAGGACCUACUGACAGAUGGGAUGAUAGAUGGAAGAAAAAGGGGAGAAUGAAUAAUGACACCAGGGUCCUUGGUCCAGGUCACUGCAAGAAUGGAGUUGCUUUGACUGAAGAGUAGCUGGUAGUAGGAGUAGUAGCAGGAUAUCAGAAACUCAACUGGACAUGUGAUGUCCAAAAGAAUGAUGCCUAGAUAGGCAUUUUGGUAGGUACUAAUUUUUAUUAAUAAAAAUAAGAGCAUACAUCAAUGAAAUUAAAAACAGAAAAUGCAUAGAGAAAAAUCAGUAAAACCAAAAGCUAGUCCUUUGAAAACCUUAUUAAAAUCAGUAAGUCUUUAGUCAAGCUAACUAAGAAAGAGAUGAUGCAAAUUACUAAUGUCAAAAAUGAAAUAAAGGAUAUCACCACAGAUUUUAUGGACACUAAAAGGAUAAUGAAGGAAUAUUGUGAACAAUUCUAUGCCCACAAACUUGAAAACCUAGAUGAAAUAGGCCAAUUCCUUGAAAGGUACAAUCUGCCAAAACUCAUAUGAGAAGAAAUAUACAAUCUGAAUAAUUCUAUAUCUAUUAAGGAAAUCAAAUCAAUAAUUAAUAAGCCUCCAAAACAAAAAGCACCAGCACAGAUAGGUUCACUGGUUUCUGCUAAACAUUUAAGAAAGAAAUGAUACCAAUUCUCUACAAUAUCUUCCAGAAAAUAGAAGCAGAGUGAAUACUUCCUAACUCAUUCUGCCAACCCAGUUUUACCUUAAUACCAAACCAAAGACAUUACAAGAAAAGAAAACAAUAGACCAGUAUCUCUCAUCAACACAGAUGCAAAAAUCCUUAACAAAAUAUUAACAAUUAAAAUCCAAAAAUGAAUAAAAAGAAUUAUUCACCAUGAUCAAAUGGGAUUUAUACUGGGUAUACAAGGUUGAUUUAACUUUUGAAAAUCAAUUAAUGUCAUUCAUCAUAUCAACAGGCUAAAGAAGACAAAGCUCGUGGUUAUAUCAGUAGAUGCAAAAAAAGUUUGACAAAAUUCAACUCCCAUUCAUGAUAAAAAUUCUCAGUGAACUAGGAAUAGAGAGGACCUUACUCAACUUGAUAAGGAACAUCUACAAAAAUCAUACUGCUUACAUCAUAUUUAAAGGUGAGAAACUGAAAGCAUUCCCAAUAAGAUUAGGGACAAAGCAAGGAUGUUCUCUGACACCACUGCUUUCAACAUUGACCUGGAAGUCCAGUCCUAGCUAAUGCAGAAAGACAAGAAAAUAAAAUAAAAGGUAUAUAUCUUGAGAAGGAAGAAAUAAAACUGUCUUUGUUCACAGAUGAUAUAAUCAUCUAUGUAGAAAAUCCAAAAGAAUUGACAAAAAAAUCUCCUCGAACAAUAUAAUGAGCAAUUAUGGCAGGGUUGCAGGAAACAAGGUUAAUAUACAAAAAUCAAUUGAUUUCUUUUUUUAAGAAAAAAAAAAUUUUGAGACAGGGUCUCACUCUGUCACCCAGGCUGGAGUGUACUGGCAUGAUCAUGGCUCACUGCAGCCUUGACCUCCCUGGGCUCAGGUGAUCCUCCCACCUCAGCCUCACAAGUAGCUGGUACUUCAGGUGCACACCAACAUACCCAGCUAAUUUUUGUAUUUUUAUACAGAGAUGGGGUUUCGCCAGGUUACCCAGGCCAGUCUUGAACUCCUGAGGCUCAAGCCUUAGCCUCCCAAAGUGCUGGGAUUACAGGCAUGAGCCACCACACCCAGCCAAUUUCUUUCUUUUUUUUUUUUAAGGCGGAGUCUUACUUUGUGAGACAGAGUGUCGCUCUUGUUGCCCAGGCUGGAGUGCAGUGGUGUGAUCUCGGCUCACUGCAAGCUCUGCCUCCUGGGUUCACGCCAUUCUCUGCCUCAGCCUCCCAAGUAGCUGGGACUACAGGUGCCCGCCACCACGCCCAGCUAAUUUUUUGUAUUUUUAGUAGAGACGGGGUUUCACCAUGUUAGUCAGGAUGGUCUCGAUCUCCUGACCUCGUGAUCCACCCGCCUCGGCCUCCCAAAGUGCUGGGAUUACAGGCGUGAGCCACCAUGCCCAGCCCAAUUUAUUUCUUAUAAACCAGCAAAGAACAAGUGGAAUUCAAAAUUAAAAACACAUGACCAUUUACAUUAGAACCCCCAGAAAUAAAAUAUUCAGGUAUAAAUCUAACAACAUAUAUAUGACUUAUAUGAGGAAAACUAUAAAACUCUGGUGAAAGGUAUCAAAGAAUUAAGUAAAUGGAGAGAUAUUCCAUAUUCAUGGAUGGGAAGACUUAAUAUUGUCAAGAUAUCAGUUUUUCCCAACUUGAUAUAUAGAUUCAACAUAAUCUCAAACUUCCAGCAAGCAUAAAAAUAAAUAAAUAAAUAAAUCCACCAAGUUAUUUUGUGGAUAUUGACAAACCAAUUCCAAAGUUUAAAGAGAGAAGCAAAAGACCCAGAAUAGCCAACACAAUAUUAAAGGAGAAGAAUAAAAUCAGAGGACAGACUUUAUCUGACUUUAAAACUUACUGCAAAGCUACAGGAAAUAAAACAGUGUGAAAAGAAUAGACAAAUAGAUCAGCAGAACAGGAUAGAAGAGCCCAGAAAUAGACCCACAUAAAGUAGUUAAUCAAUCUUUGGCAAAGGGGCAAAGGCAAUACAGUGGAAUAGAGACUUCAUCUUUUCAACAAUUCAUGCUGGAAAAACUGGACAUCCACAUGAAAAAUUCAGUCUAGGCACAAAUCUUACACCCUUCACAAGAAUUAACUCAAAAUAGAUCACAGACCUAAAGAUAAAACACAAAGCUAUAGAAUUCCUAGAAGAUAACACAGGAUAAAAUCUAGGCGACCUUGGAUAUGGCAGUGCUUUUUCAGAUACACCACCAUAGACAAUCCAUUAAAGGAAGAAUGGGUAAGUUGGACUUCCUUAAAAUUUAAAACUUCUGCUCUAUAAAGACAAUGUCAAGAGAAUGAGAAGAGAAGCCACAGUCUGAGAGAAAAUACUUGCAAAGGACACACCUGAUAAAGUACUGUUUUCCAAAAUAUGCAAAGAACUCUUAAAACUCAACAGUAAGGAAACAACCUGAUUAAAAACUGGGCAAAAGUCUGAGCAGUCAAAGAACUCUUAAAAAAUGCAAAGAACCCUUAAAACUCAACAGUAAGGAAACAACCUGAUUAAAAACUGGGCAAAAGUCUGAACAGUCACCUCGCCAUAGAAGACAUACAAAUGGAAAGUAUAUUAGCAUCACAUGUCACUAGGAAAUUAUAUAUUAAAACAACAAUGAGAUACCAAUAUGCAUCUAUUACAGUAGCCAAAAUACAAAACUAACAUCACCAAAUGCUGGCGAGGAUGUGAAACAACAGGAACUUUCAUUUAUGCUGGUGGAAAUGCAAAAUGGUGCAGACAAUUUGGAAGAAACUGUCAAACUAUCUGUAGUUCUUACAGAACUAAACAUACUCUUACCAUAUGAUCCAGCGAUCAUACCCCUUGGAAUGUACCUAAAUGAAUUGGAAACUUAUGUCCACACAAAAAUCUGCAUACAGAUGCUUAUAGCAGAGUUAUUUUUAAUUGCCAAAAUUUGGAAGCAACAAAGAUGUCCUGAAGUAAAUGAAUGGAUAAAUAAACUGCAGUGCAUCCAGACAAUGGAAUAUUAUUCAGCACUAAAAAGAUAUGAGCUAUCAAGCCAUGAGACGACAUGGAGGAAAUUUAAAUGCAUAUUACUAAGCAAAAGAAGCCAAUCCAAAAAGGCUACACACUGUGUUUCCAACUAGAUGACAUUGUCGAAAAGGCAGAACUGUGGAGACAAUAAAAAGAUCAAUGGUUGCCAGGGGUUGGGAGUGGGGAAGGAUGACUAGCAAAGCACAGAGGAAUUUUAGGGUGGUGGAACUAUUCUGCAUGAUCGUGUAAGGGUAGAUAGAUGUUGUUAUACAUUUUUCAAAACCCAUGGAAUACACAAAACCAAGGGUGAGCCCUAAUUUAGGCAAUAGACUUGAGGGGAUGUGGCAACAUAGGUUCAUUGAUUGUAACAAGUAUACCACUGUGGUGCGGGAUGUGGCUACUAGAGAAGGUUUGCGGAGGGAGGGAGCGUAAGGGAACUCUCUGUGGUUUCUGCUCUGUUUUGCUGUGAACCUAAAACUGUCCUAAAAAUUAAAGUUUAUUAAUUUUAAAAAAUAAUAUUUGGAGUUUUAAAACACAAAGACUAGUUAGUCUAUUAAAACUGUGAAUGUGUGUAGCAAUUCUGCUUGUGAAGGGAAAUACACUAUUUAACAUGAAAUUAUACUCCUGACACAAUAUGCUAUAUAUACAAAGACCUCAUAACUAGUAAAUUUUCAACAUGUGAGUUCAGUGACUAGUAAGAAUGAAUAAAAAUGAAGCUCCUUUAGUUAAUCUAUGCAAGGGAACAUCUAUUUAUAGUUACUAAUUAAAGGACUCUGUAAAGCAGGAAAACCAUGCAUGGUAAGUGGUAGGCAGCAAACUGUUCUGUGGAUUUGGGCCUCAUGAUGGUUUAAAAUUGCCUUGCAAUUUGAUCUCACCAGUGGCUGACAUUUGACUAUAGUCCAUUUGCCAGCCAAGGUAAGUCCCUACCCAUUGCUGUCUGCAGCUGGCCCCAAGCUCCUGCUGGACAGGAAUGCCUUAAAGGGGACCCACGCUGGGAGGCAGUUCAGAAAGAGGGAAAGGGGGAGGAGGUGUAAGUAGGACAAAGAAAAGUCAAACUACAGAGGAAUCAUAAAGAAAAUAAUAGAAUAAAUUGAGAACCCAAGGGGAUGGGAAAAAAUAGCAAGCAAGGAGAGUGAGAAAGAAGAAAAGGUAAUAGUGUAAGUAGAAAAAACUGUUAGUGGAAGGCAGGUUAAAUUUGGAAGGAAAAAUAGAACAAAAAAGCAAAGUAGGAGUGUUGGAAUUUACAGCAAUAGAGCACCACAUCAUCUCUUCUGCUCGAUAAUUUUGGAAUUGUUGGCUGAUGCAUUAGCCCAGUGGUUUUCAACUGGGGGUAGCUCACCCUCCCACUCAAGAGACAGUUAGCAAUGUCUGCAAACAUUAGGGUAUGCUAGGGGUGCUGCUAAAUAUCUGAAAAUACACAAGACAGCUCCCCACCUCCAAAGAAUUCUCUGGUCCAAAAUGUCAAGAGCAAAGAGGGUGACAAACUUCAUUGGCCCAUUGUCAGCACCAAUUCCAGACUCCCAGUGACUGUGCUUCAAUUCACCCACUGUUUUCUGACCUAUAUCGUGUUAUACUGCAUAUAGAUCAAGUUGAUGGUCAGACCUCAGAAAAGAAAUUAAAAUUUGGCUGAGAAAGUAUAUCCAGAGUAGAAAAUCCUUUGCUUCACUCUUUCUUUCAGCAAAUGCUCAGUGAGGACCUGCUGUGUGCCCACGGCUGCCAGCACUUACCAAACGCUGUGUGGGCUUCAGAGAUGGAGAACAGAUUAGUGGUUCUUCAGAGAUGGAGAACAGAUUAGUGGUUGCCAGGGUUUAGGGAUGGUGGAGAGGAGGGGGUGGGUGUGACUUCCUGGUGGUGCUGGUGCAGUGCUGUGCCUUGGUUGCCAUGGUGGUUACGUGAACCCACACAUGUGAUGAAGUCACACAAAAGCAGAGGCACACUUUGUACCCCCAUCAGUGUCUUGGUUUUGAUAUUGUGCUAUAGUUAUGUGAGACAUAACCAUUGGGGGAAAUUUGGGAAAGGGUAUACAAGACCUCUCUGUACUAUAUUUGUAUCCUUCUGUGAAUUUAUACUUAUUUCAAAAUAAAAAGUUUUUUUUUUAAUCAAACCUUAAAAGGGAAAAACAAGAUUGGCCAAACAACUAAUGAAAGAUGUAAUUUUAACCAGGAUAGACAGGAAUAGUCCAUGCACACAGAACCCCAUGCAGAUCUAUAAAUAGAAAGGGCCAGAAAGGCAGCAUACUCUUGGAGUGUGGUGUUGAAACUGGGAAAACAAACUCACUUUUUAUUAAAAUUGACCUAUUCAGAUGCAGUGCCAAUAAGAAAUAAUUAUGCCCUCUUGUGGAAUCAGAAUACUUCUAUUUCAGUGAAAGAUAGAUAUUGUUGAAGUAUAACACUAAGUUAUGUCAUAUCUAAUACUGUUUAAUUGCAUGUUUUG